AUGCUGGGUGACGUUCAACCUCCCUUCUCCAAUGGAGGUGCCAAUCUUGGUGAUAAUGGCAGUCCCACGAGCCUCUCAACCUCGUCGGAGCAGACUGGAGACUCUCCCCUGGAGGAGGCUAAGACGCUCUUAAGAGUGGACGGAGAGCCUGCUGCUGUCGACGCACUAUCGCCAGAGCUCGAGCUCGAGGAGGAUCUAUCUUCAAAAGCCACAAUCAUGGCGCCGAGAGCCUAUCAACUCGAGAUGUUCUCCGAGAGCAUGAAACGAAAUGUCAUUGUCGUGCAAAUCUGGUUUCUCGCACCCACGGUAUCACUCUGUCAGCAGCAAUUUGGUGUACUCACAUCUCAAAUACCUGCGGUCCUCAUCAAGGUGGUGACGGGAGAAGAUAACAUCCAAUCCUGGUCAACCGAGCGUGUCUGGGGUGCCUUCUUGAAAAAUGUCAAGAUUGUCGUAGCCACCUACCAAGUUCUUUUUGACGCCUUGGCCCAUGCCUUUGUCCGCAUGGGCUCCGUUGCUCUCAUCGUCUUCGAUGAAGCUCAUAACUGCGUCAAGAACCACCCCGGGGCCAAGAUUAUGAAGGCCUACCAUAUGGAGAAGCAGUCUGGCUCUCAUGUCCCGCAUAUCUUAGGCCUUACCGCUAGCCCUAGCAUCACGUCGAAAGAAAAGGACCUGGUGGCUCUGGAGCAAACACUGGAUGCCGUCUGCAAGAGCCCCACUUUGCACCGCGACGAACUUCUCGGGCGUGUCAAGAGGCCCAAACUAACGCCCAUACUCUACACCGUGUGCCAACCAGCUAUGAGCGAUGGCGGUUUCCCCCAGGUGUUGCGCCGUCUCAUCAAUGCGUACGAGGGGAUGGUGAUGGGUGUAUGGGCGACGGAGUAUUUUAUCGACAAGUGUGCGCGCGGAUUCCUCGCCACGCUUCGCGACCGAGCAUCUGAGCUUGAAGGAUGGAAAUUGGAGGAGCGUGGCGCCCUGGCAAAGAUCCUACAAUCAAUUACCGCGGACUCUGAGCCCUUCCAAGACCCCUCAGAUGACCGCCUGACGGGCAAAACAUUGGCCCUCUUGCGCCAGCUCUACUCGCGGCAGGAGAAUACGGUAGGCAUCGUAUUCGCAGAAGAACGCAUCAAAAUCCCUCUGCUCGCUCACCUCAUCUCGAUCCAUCCUUUAACCCGAGCUAGGUUCAGACCCGGGACUAUGGUGGGAGCGUCAACCUAUUCCCAGAGGAAGCGAAACCUGCUCGACCUAUGGCAGCAAGGCCGGAAACCCGCCGAAGAUCUACAACGGUUCAGAACCGGAAAACUAGAUCUGUUAAUCGCGACAAGUGUACUUGAGGAGGGCAUCGACGUUCCGGCGUGCAAUCUGGUGGUUUGUUUCGACAGCCCCAAAAACCUAAAGUCCUUUGUUCAGCGGCGUGGACGAGCCCGGAAGAAGGACUCGGACCUUAUCUUGCUUAUUGAGGACACGUCUCGUUAUGCCAAGGACUGGGAGAGCCUUGAAGAAGGGCUUCGGAGGGUAUACGAAGCGGAAGACAGGGAGCGAGCGGAGAAUGCGAGAUUGGAGGAAGAAGACGAAGAGUACGACCUAAGCGAGUUUACCCUGACGAGCAAGAUAGGCGCUACUAUCGACAUCAACAAUGCCAAGUCACACCUGGAACACUUUUGUCGAGUCCUUUCUCCAAGAGAGUUUGUAGACUCACGACCAGACUUCGUCUUUGAAAAGUUCUUCAUAAACGGCAUCCCGUUCUUCUCGGUGGAGGUUGUCCUACCAAUAUAUAUACCCGCAUGUGCGUACAAGGCACUCUACAACGCGGGCUUUAUCAACGAGCAUCUACUCCCACUGCAAGAAGCUCACGAAGGGCAGCCGCAAGACCUGAAUCCCUUGGUCGAGGUUGGCAAUCUCCUUCGCCCCUGGGCCAUGGUCGCGGGCGCAUGGGGCAAGGAAACCAUUGCACAACACGCCGUGACCCUUCGAGACGACGAGGGCACAUCCAGAGCCGAAUACCUAAUGACUCUCCCCAACUUGAUUCCACCCCCUUCUAGAAUCACUCUAUACCCCGACGACUGCCAUGGGGCGUGGACGGUGGAAAUAGGCCCCGCUAUGCCAAGGCAAAACCACGAUGAUGAGAUUGACCAUACUCUCACUUUUCUCCACGCUGCCUUCUACCAUCGGUUUCCGUGGAGUAAAGACUUCAAGCGCCACAUCAUUUGCUUCAGAUCAGCUUCAACGAUGGACGCUCUCAACAUCCACAAACUGGCCUGUCGCGGUUUUGAUGACAAGGACUCUGCCACUAGGGAGGGCAGGCGCUUAAUCCGGGACCAGGGCCAUCAUCCUUUCACCUUCCGUGCUCUAUUAUCGGCAUGCCGCUUUUGGCCGCAUGCUUCCUGCAUCAUACACGAACUUGAGGUCCAGCUCUUGGCCGCGAUCCUCUCCACCGAGACCGAGUUGGCGCACGUCAAGAUCAGCGAUGUCCAGCUGGUGCGCGAGGCCAUCAGUACACCUUCUGCCGGCGAGCCUUUCCACUACGAGAGACUAGAGUUUUUAGGAGAUUCGAUUCUUAAAUGGUGCGCGACGCUGAAUGUCGCAGCUCUUUACUUCCUGUGUAUCCUUCUUCCCGACCUCGCAUGGUCAGAUGCCCGGCUGUGCUACGAGAAGCUCUUUGAUCAUGCCGAUGCAGACGUGAUUCUGCCGCCUACCUUGAAGCCGGUGGAAGGUCUAAUCGGAUACACAUUCCGCAAGAAAUCCCUGCUCAUUGAGGCUUUGACGCAUGCCUCGUACAUGAGCGCAAGCACGACUGCGCGUUCACUCGAGAGGCUAGAAUUCAUUGGGGACUCUGUUCUCGACCAGAUCAUUGUGUCAAAGGCAUUCUCCUACUCACAACAACUGCCGCACUGGAAAAUGCACCGGCUCAAAACGGCUUUGGUCAAUGGUGAUUUCCAAGCCUUCCUCUUGAUGGAGCGGGAAGUUCGGCAAGAAACAGUCAACGUAGGCAGCGAGGGAGAGCUAGAAACUUGUACUUUCGUGCAGCCGCUGUGGGCAUUUAUGAGACAUAGCUCCCCUUACAUCGCAGAUGAGCAGGAAGCAGCUAGACUGAACCACGCUAGCUUGCGGGAGGAUAUCAACCGAGAGCUUGCGUCUGGAUCCACGUAUCCCUGGGCCCUUCUCUCUCGGCUGCAGAUGCGCAAAUUCUUCUCGGACUUGUUUGAAAGCUUGCUAGGUGCCGUGUGGGUUGACUCGGGCUCUCUGGAGACUUGCGAGGAAUUUCUACGCAAGUUUGGCCUAAUGGACUAUUUCAACCGCAUCCUUGAGAAGGACAUCCACCUCACACACCCCAAGGAGGAGAUCGGAUCGCUCGCAGGAAACAACAAGGUAGACUACGAGAUGGGCACGGAAUUGGGUGAGGGUGAAUCGAGGUGGUAUUGGUGCAAGGUGGCCGUGGGAGGGGUACUGAAAGCGGAAGUGAACGACGGUGUAAGCCGGGAAGAGGUCAAGACUAAAGCCGCGGAGCUGGCUGUCAAGGCCAUGAAGGCGGAAAGGAAGUGUGAGCAAGAGGGGCAGCAAACGGCCCAGGAUGAUGUAGAUGGGAUGGAUCUGGAUCCAAGGGAAGAUUGA